AUGACUUUUUAAUUGCCUCAUAAUCUCUAAAAUAGAUCAGUUCAAAAAAUAGUAUAGGAAUUGAUGUAUGAUGAGUAUUUGGAUAGGGACAAUUUAUUGAGAAAUGCAUUCAUUUCAUCACCCUUGAAGAGUGGAAAGAAGAAGUUAUCUAUAUCCAAACAUAGAUACAAUCACUUUUUAUAAUAAUCUCCAACCCAAUUAUAUUCUCCAGGAUUACUAAGCAAUUAGCAAAGAGUAGUUGGAAGUAUUGCCCUACAAAAAAAAAAGAAUUCAGUCCCUCUGAAUGUAUCAGUAAAUCAAUUACUUGAAAACAAUGCUAGUCCUACGAACAACCCCAUAGUCAGGACAAGUAAAAGAAACAAGGAUCAAAAGCCAAAGGAACUCAGGGGACUGUCAAUUUCUGAUCACAUAACGAGAUAACGAUUUGUGUUUCCUCAGGUUUAGCGCUUAAGCUAAGUUAAGUAGUAAUAGUUUGCGUCUCCAAACUUUAAUUUUAAUGAUGAGGAUUUUGAAGGAUACAAAUUGAAAUCUGAAGAAAUGUCAUUAGAAAUUGAAGAGUAUGUCAGAAUGCAAAGACAUCAUAACAAUCCAACUUUAUUACCAAAUAUUUAUUCAAGAAAUUAAUGA